UCAGAAAGUAUACACCAUUUCAUAGUGGUGACAUAUUCUAUAAAUAGAUAUAGAUAUGUAUUUGAUUAUCUUUAUAGACGUUAUUAAUUUUAAUUCUGACCAACGACUGUGGUUAUUAUAAGUUAAUUAUCAAAAUGAAUGAAGAAAACGGGAAUGUGGACUACAGCGACAACUUUGAUACACCAGAAGAAACUAUUGAUUUCUUCUCUAUGAAUCCAAUUACUUUGCCAAUAGAUAAAGAAUUCCAUAUUUUCAUAUCGUACAAGACUGUUGAACCAGAUCGUCUAAUUGCACUGAAGAUAGACAAACUGUUACGGAGCAAAGGCUUUAAAUGCUGCCUCCACGAAAGAGACUUCCUUCCGGGAGAUUUAAUUGUACAUAAUAUAGUUCAAAACAUUGAACGAUCUGUUAAAGUUUUGUUUUUGCUAUCAGAACAGUCCCGAGCUAGUGAAUGGUGCCAGUUUGAGUUAAAUGUUACAGAGACUAUACACAUUCAGGAAAGAGGAUACAAACCAAUCAUCUUAAAGCUUGAUGAGUGUGACCUUCCAGAUACAAUGAAAAGAUAUACGUACCUUCCUGCAGUCAGUCCUCCUGAAAAAUGGAUUGGUCGACUGUCAAAAGCAAUCAAUGACCAAACGGAUCACCUGAUUACAAACAGAAGAAACAUAAAGUUUGUUCCAGUGCCAUGCAUUGAUUAUAAUCGCAACAAGGAGCACUCGAUAGUAACGUGUCGAUAUCCACAUGUCUGCGUAAAAUAUAUUGUAAGUGAUGAGUCUUGCGACGGAAGUUGCGGCAAGAACCACGAUUUAGUUACCGAUCAGUCACGAGAGAUACUUGUUGAUCUUGGGUUCAUUACUGAUGGGAACCUUGAUGCCCUUCUGCAAAUGUAUAGACAGAAAUGCAAGGAGAAACUUGCUGCGAUGCCAAACAACAUAGUAACUGGUCCUUGUUGUUAUUAUAACCACAAAGGAUGCUUGCUAGGUGAUUUUCAUUGCCCGUUCACACAUAUAUGUAAAGAUUGGUUUGUAGGUAGAUGUAGAAUGGAGAAGUGCAGAUUUUCGCACCAUAUAUUGAACGACCACACAAAAAAGUUGCUAGAAAUAUUUGAAAUUGAUACUGAUCAAGAGGCAGACAUUAUUCUUAAUACAUACCGUGCAAAGUAUCCACACAAAAAGUUCAUACAACUACCAACCCAAUCAAUAUCAAAAACAACGUUCCUAAAAGACAACUGGCUGUCACUUGUUGGAGGAGUAUUAACAGUUGUAGGAGUUACUGCAUUUGUUGUUAAAAAGAUAUAAUUUAAUUGUAAAUCAGUAUUCUUCUAAAAAUUUUCCUUUAAAUGUUUAUCAGUUUCUAUAAUUUAUAAUUCUCUUAAUCAAUAUUCCUUGAUGUAAGAUAUUUAUCUCAAUAAAUAUAGUGAAGUCCAAGUUAAAUAAUAGAAGCCAGUUAAACGUUAUAUACUAAUGUUAUGAUUAUGUAUUUAUACACCAUAUAUGAUUUGUUUGUUUUUUAUUUAUUUAUUUUACCUAUAUUUGUUGGAAAGAUAUUAUAUAAAAUCUCUGAUUCCUUGUCUGCAUUUUGCUUGGCUAUACUUAAUGUCCAUUUUGUUUUCAUCAGGUAUUCAACGUUUGUAACAGGUUCUGGACUAUAAAAUAUUUUGGCCUCAAGCAUUACUGAAGAUACAUUUAUUGUGCUAGGGUCGUCUUUAACUUUCAGUGUUGUUUUUUUUUUAUUAUUCAUAAUUGUUUAUUUCUGUGAUAAGUUUUAAACUUUAUCCAAUUCAAUGAUUUAAACUAUAAAUUGUUUUAAAUAGCAUUAAAGAUUAAACAGUUAUCAAUAAAGCCAUUUGUUGUAUAUAUUUAUCUUUUUCCAUUUGAAUGUUUAAUGAAAAAAAAUGUGUAGUCGUAUUUUAAUAUUUCUUGUUUUUACACUAAGAAUUAAAUUGAAAAGAUAUCACAUCUACAUUGAAAAUAGCUACCCGUAUUGUUCUACAGUGUCAAAUUGUAAUAAUGAACCAUGAAAUAUGAUUUAAGUAUACUCUUUAUUGUUUGCACACGACUUCACCAUUUGAUCAUUGUAGAACCUCGACCAUUUGAUCAUUGUAGAACAUCGACCAUUUGAUCAUUGUAGAACCUCGACCAUUUGAUCCUUAUAGAACCUUGUGCGCUUAUUUUAUUAUCAAUACAUUGCAACUGCUGUAAGAAAAUCUGUACUUCAUCUACAGUAAUUUGUUUUUAUGAUAUUGGUAUCAUGUGAUAAUAAAGAUAAAUGUUCUUCCAA